CCAAUCGUGUUUGACUAUAUCGUCGUUGUUGCGCUCCUUGACCGCCAUGGUCCUUGCUGGAAAUCAGAGAUGUCUAGUUUUAAUCAAACCUGAAACGAGUGUGGACGAGUUUGCAAGUCGAGUUGCGAGAUACCUGUUGUGUCCUCUGCUCGCUCUACGUGAGUGUUUGGAAUUAGAACUAGAUAAUCAAGCCCUUUUUAGGCAUAAAAUGUGUGAUUUCAUGACAAUGUAUUCGUUACGGCCACAAUGCCAAUCAAAUAAGGAGGAUUGUAGGUGCAACGAUGGUUUCGUCGGAAACAAAGGCCAAUGAACAACGCAAGGCUAAAAUAAACGGAAAUCCAGGCUCGUUAGUUUGUGUAUACAGUGACUCUAUUGUUAGGUUGUGUAUACAGUUGAGUCUAUUGUCAACGUUGAAUUUAAAGCUAUCGGUAGUUUGCCACGAUGUAUUCUCAAACACAUUACGCAAACGACCGUGGAUGAUUAAUAGCUAUCUUGACAAAUUAAAAGCGGCACUAUUGAACACGUCGUCGUCAGAAACGAAAGUGGACUCGACGCGAACAGAACUGAACGCGAGAGGCAUCGAGGAAUCAACCAUGUCUCCAUACAUCGUCGCCAUUGUGCUCUUAACAGCGAUGGUUCUUGCUGCUGCCGAGGAGGAACACUGUUGCCCAAAGAACCAGACCUGGUCACAGUGUGGACCAGUUUGCGAAUCGACUUGCAAGGACCCCAGAGUUAAGAUGUGCAAAUUACGACCGUGCACCGAUAGUACGGCCGGAUGCACGUGUGAAAAUGGUUACGUCAGAGACGAGGACUCCUUCACGUGCCUCAAAUACGAAGAUUGCGUAACUGCAUGAAAUUAUCGAGCUCCAUCGCAUUCUCAAUUUAAUGUAGCAUUGUACUAGUCGUAGUAACCAACUCAAUCUCUAGUCACUGCGUGCAUUAAAGUGUUGGAAUCCUUGGAAUCUACAAGUGUUUAUAGGCAUGAAAGUAACGACCGUGUGUUAGCCUUCGAAUUUGCAGAAUAGUAAAUAUUGUCGCAAUUUU